UUUAGAAGAAAUUCUUCCUGUCACGGAGAAUACAACUACAACCAGUCCGCAAGAUCAACAAGAACCACAACCAAAUCAUAAUCAAAUCUGUAUUCUCCCUAAUGACCCAAACAAAGAAGAGACUAGCGAGAGCGAUGGUUCCUUUCUUCAAGACAGUGGAGGGUAUCAAUGGUGCCUGGAUGACGAAUGUAACAACAGAGAACUAAACUUAAGCCUAAUACUGGACCAACACGUAAACACACUCUCACCUGACCAGGAUAGCUUAAACUACGAUGAUAUUUCCAAAACUCUGGAUGCUAGUUUGGCAGAAAUCGAUAUGGAGACGUUUCGGUCGGAGGAUAUCAAUUCUCUUCUGACUCUCCCAGGAGUAUACAGCACCGGAAGUGACAUGGAAGGUCUUUCUCUAGGAGAGAACUGCGCAUCGAUGUCAGCAUCAUUUCUGAAUGGCUUUGAAUUGGAAUGUUCUGAAAGUCCUCACUGUCUGUCAGAAGACGAAUCAGCAGAAGGAUCUAUUUGCAAAGACGAGCCACUGUUUUCCCCUGCAAAGGAACCUUUAAAUGGGAACAACACCUCUGUGGAUAGUUUAGAUUGCACGUCUUUAGAUGAACACAGUAUCGCUACUACCUGUCAAGCUAACAAAAGUAAUUAUACUAUCGCAUUCGAAGGAAGCGGGACUCAGCUAUCAUAUGAUUCAGACACGAUGGAUAUGAAGCAAAACAAAGAAAACAUUCCACGAUCAAAAAUGAUUACUGAAUAUCGUCAGCCUCAGAAAACAGCUUAUACCUCUAUGGUGCAGUCAGAUUUAUUGUACACAACCUGGGAAAAACUAAAGAAUUCUAAAAAACUGAUUUUCCCAGCACUCUCUGCUAAAUGCUUAUGCUCUAGAAGCAAAAGUCUUCCCAGUCUGUUCAAACAUUCUGUAGUGUUGGCAGAGAAACAUUUGGGGGAAUGGGGAUUUAAAAUUAACUCUAUAUCAAAUGUCCCUAUUUACGAGCUUCACAGCAGUUGUUAUGGUUCUCUUCAAGGCAAUGAAGCAAAAGACAACAAACAUUCUAUUCCUAUGUUUAAACUGUUUAUUAGAAAUAAGAAUUCUUUUGGGUCAGAGACUUUUUCUAUCUCAGCAUCCAGUAGUCAGCCUGGAUCUGCAGAAAGUACGUUGCCGUACCCUGUCAUUCAUUCCAACGAAAGUAUUUCUGAUAAAGAGAAAUACGGAGGUAUGUGUAAAGGAAUGUUUUCUGUAAAGACACAUGAUCUUCAGACUGAAAAUAAUGUUGGUAAUUAUACUGUAGAUACUAUGCUUUUGGAUUGCAACAAUAUAAAAGAGCAACAAACAAGGGUUUAUGCAAAUUCCAGAAGGCAAACACCAAAGUUAAAAACAAACACUUUAAAUGCCCAUGUGAAUGAACUUAAUAAUAAUUUGGUUGAAACAUCUUUCAAUAACAACACCAAUAUAUUUAAUAAAGAUAUACCCAUAAGUAUUAGUCAUAAACAUUCUUUUUCUGAAAGUGAUGAUAGUAGUUCACAAUAUUUUGAAGACAGUUUGGUAGAAGGUCCUUUGAUACAACACACUUCUACCCAAUCUUACACUAUCCAGGAAGAAGAAAACGAGCAGAUAGUUGGUGAAUCACUUAAUGAAGAUGAAUCAAUUGGAGAAAACGGGAAUCCGGUUGGCAGUAGUGUCAGUACGUCUGACGAUGUGCCUGUCAAUAAAAACAAUGCUACUGUGUAUAAAACAGCUAUGAAGAAACCUAUGGUAGAAAACAUUACAGUUCAAAGAAUCAACAACUUUUUACUCAGUGAUAAAGUAGAAAAAACACUUGCAGACAAUAUCUGUGUAAGAAAUGAUAGCAAUAAAUUAUUGCAGAAAUGCACUGAGCUUAUACCAGAAAGCAUUUCCCAAGGAACUCAGACCAAGACAUUAAACUGUAACGUAAAGAUCCCCGCAUACUUUUAUAGUGAAGAAAAUUCCACCCAGCCUCUUCCCAGUCUUGAAGAACUAUUAAACAACAUUGGAGAAAAUCGUAUUUCUAGAGAUACUAUUCCUGCUUCUAGUGGUUAUUCUGUAAAUAAACAAAAUUGUGUAGACAUAUUAUGCAACAAUUCCCAAACGUUCAUCAAUAACGUUUGUGCUUUAACUCCUGUUUUAAAACCAAAGUCAAUUAUAAAAAUUGCCACCACCAGAAGUUAUGGCACACAAGUUCCGCUACACGUCAAAGAUCGUGCCAUACAAACAUCCUUCACAUCUGCUAACAGCCGUCGAGGAAGCUUCAGUGUCCAUAAGAUCUCCACGGAUUCUUUAGGAGAUAAGACUGCUGAAUUACUGUUUCCUUCAUAUCUAUCUCCUGUCAGUUCAAGGUUUUCCAACACACUAAGCACUACAAACUCAGAGAAAAAACCAGUGUAUGUAUGUUACCCCAGCUAUUCUUUACCUGACCUGAGUUUUUUGAAAAAUCUUAGACGUACAUCAGAAGGAAAAGACUUAGUGUAUAUUAAGUCAACUGAUAAUUUCCCAACAACGUCCAUUAGCAACCAUAACAAACAAGUAGAUGCUUUUGGAAAAGACAGAUCUUUGCCAAACACUGGAAGCCUUGGAAGCCUGUCUCCUCAAACUUUCAGUCAUAUUAAAGACUGGGACUCAUUAAGUGUUUUGCUUCCCACAGAGUUGAAAUCCGUUAUAUCAAUUUAUCAAGAAAUAAAAGACGAUGACCAAAAUCACGGGUACAUAGAUAAAGAUGGAUUUCACUGUAGUUGUUCAAGUGACAUUAACCGGUAUUGUACAGAACAUACCACAAGUCAAAAUUACCAUGAACAAGAUUUAUCUUGCUCUGGUGAAAGUAUUUCCUCGAUAACAUCAAAUUCUCGGGGCAGUGAAAAUCUACAUUCUCAUAACACUUUAGGAAUGCACUGUAAAGCCGAGAGAAUCCAGUCAGAUUUACUUAUCACCUCUGAGCACUCUAAAGCCGAGAGAAUCAAAUCAGAUUUACUUAUACCCUCUGAGCACUGUAAAGCCGAGAGAAUCCAAUCAGAUUUACUUAUACCCUCUGAGCACUGUAAAGCCGAGAGAAUCCAAUCAGAUUUACUUGUACCUUCUGAGCACUGUAAAGCCGAGAGAAUCCAAUCAGAUUUACUUAUACCCUCUGAUUCUUUGGUGUUGGAUAAACCUAAUUUCUUAGUCAGUCAAAGUGAAAAUAAUUCUAGACGAGGCAUUUUGAGAAAGUCUUCAUUAGCAAGUUAUUGUAACAAACAAAGAAGUCGUGAUGUGGUAGACCUCGAAAUGUCUUCUCAGUUCGACUUUCGAAGACGUAAUCGACUCGAUCAGUCUCCUCAAUUCUUAAACAAUAUACCUGAAAGAAUAACACAACCUAAAAAUGAUGUAAAUUCAGAUAAAAAUAGAGAAACAGCAAUGAAUAAUAACAACAUUGAAUUUCAGAUGGAAACGUCUUCAGACUGUAAAUAUGCAGAAACUGAGAGUAAAAAUUACUUCAGAAAAACAUAUUCAGAUUUUAUAGAAGAACAGAGAGUUAAUAAUCAUAUUAUAAAAGUCCAAUCAGAUGAAAAGUGUCCAAGUAAUUAUGUUCCAAAAAGUCUCUCUCUACUACCAAUUCAACAAGUUAUAUAUAAGCAACAAAAUCCAGAGAUCCCUGCUCAUUGUAAACAUAACGACAAUAACUUGAAUACCGGUAAAAAUUAUCAAAGAGGGAGCCAACGUUGUUCUAUCAGUCUCAACUCCAUUACCUCUCCAAUCAACCAGCUUUGCGACCAGUUGCACCAAUUACUUAACUCCAGUACGAGUUUAAACUUGAUGACAGCAGCGCUGUCAUCAACAAAAGGAUCACCAGAUGAAGUGAACUGUUGCAGCUUUUCACGAGGAAAAAAGUCAGUUACCUUUCACGACAACCUGGCUAUUGGAGUAGACAACGUCAUACGUGAGACAACAAAAGAGUUCUCAAUAGAUGACCAAAAUAGCGAAGACGAAUAUGAAAAUCCACCAGAGGAAUUUGCAGUAUCGCCACAACAAGAGUCGUCUAUAACUCUGACGCCUUCUGCAGUGUUUUCGGAUAUAAAUAAUUCACGGCUUGCAGAAAUCUUAGCACUGAACUUGAAACAAAAAACAGGAUUGCUGAAGAACAUCGCUGUUGCUGUAGAACUAAUCUUAAGUUACAAUAAGGACUACGAAGUGCAAAAACAAAAGGUCUUAAAAUACUUAUGCCCAGCCGUCUACAACGUCUUAGCAAACGGACUCCUCUCUUCUAAUGUUGGUUCAAAUUUGAUCACUAAUUCACCAUGGAAAGUGGCGGAAGCGUCCUCCUGCUUCGGUCAUCCAACAAAAGAACUUCAAGACCUGGUGAAGUACAUUGCAGGAAAAGAUUACUUAGUUGGAACUACUUGCAAAUUUUAUAUGUUUGUUUUUGGGCUUCUCAAUCUUGGGAUCAUUGAUUGGUGGUUUCUACAUUUGACUUCAUGCGAGCCUCUGAUUCGUCAGUAUUACCAGCCCGAUGCGUUACUUAGCCUCCUGGCUUCUCCGUUAGCUACCAACUUGUGCGAGGACGUUUUGAUCACACUUAGACCUCUUUCCACUCUACCGUUUUCACUAGAUUUGAAUGUGAGAAAAAGUGAUAUUAUAUGCACCGAUGAUGAGAUUAUAGUGUCAACACCAAAUGGGGAACAAAAACCUCUACCGCCACUCAAGAAACCGAAUGUAGAUCAGAUACCACUUUUAUAUCCUAUUGGUCACAAAUGUGUUCUGUAUGAGGAAGCAAAUACACCAACAUUAAAGCAAAUUAGUAAAACUAGUGAGAGUGGGGAACUGACGACGAAGGAUAAAACUUCCUUACAAAAUAACAGUAAAGAAUCUACAAGGGUUAAAAACUUCCAACAACAGAAGAAAUUCGAUAACAAAAGUGACUUAGAAGUAUCGGAUGAUGUACUACAGCUAAAUAAAAGGGUUUGUGACAUUGAUAUAAGUUCUGAAAUAAUUUCAUCUACAGCGCUGAAUUCGAAUCCCACAAAAGAACGGUUUCAGAAGGCAGUUGACCUCGCUUUUCCCUUAACAGAAGUACGUGAACAAGAAGCUCAGAAACAGAAAGAUACAAGAGGCGACAAAAACUCCAAUAAUAUAAUCCAAAGUACAGACUGUUUUGUUCGCAACAUUAGAGUGGAACAGAAAAAUGUGCAGGAUUUUGCAGGAAGACGCUUAGUCAGCUGUAAAAAUCAAAAUGAAAAAAACGAUGACAAGGGAGAGUGUUUUGAAAAAUUGAAAAGGAAAUGGGAAGAACUGACAUCCACACCCAACAGUCUGGAGCAGGCUCAUACUAUAACUAUAACAACAACUACGUCCAAACGACCUACUACAUCGUCUUCUCCACUGACCAAUCAGAAUCGUGGGAAAUCCAAAUCUCUUGCACGAACGUCAAGACAAACUGUUACGUCAAAAAGAGGAACAGAAUUAUCACCAACUACUACACAUCUACCCUCCCCCUCUUCUUCUCGAAACGCUUCUGUCCAACAGCUUCCACGUGAUACCUCGAAUUCUCCGAAAGAAAUAGCUUCUAAAGGACAUCGGGAACUUCCUGUAAGACCAGCUGUUAACAAACCGCGUUGGUCCAAACACCCUAAAGUUAAACAAGUGGCAACAUCAAAUGAAUCUUUAAAUGCUUCUAUCAAACAAGGGAGUACUAUUUCUGUUCCUAGUUCUCCUAGUAGGAAACAUAUCGCAAGAAAAGCUGUAGGUACGAAUCUCAAUUCUAGCCAAUCAAACUCGAGUAAAUCGUCAACUAUAACGAACAGCUCAGGAAUCUCUGGGCCUAAAAAUCAUCCAGCUCAAAAAUCUUUCAUCCCAAUACAGAAAGGACCUCGGACAACCGCUAGACAACAGAAGAUAUCCUCACAACACGCUAUACCAUGUCUUCGCCGAUCUUAGGACUAACAUGUGGACUUACACAGGUCUGCACAAACGUUAUUGUUAAAAGAGGUAUGUAUGUUUCACAUGUAAACGUGUUUCCAUUAGCUAUAGUGAUGUGCGGAUACAAUUAUAUUUACGUAUUUGUUUUUAGCAUAUAGACAUUUGACAUGAUAUGAUAUAACGUUCCAGUACGCUAUAGUAAGGUAUUAAGAAACAUCCUAGGUACUAUGUAGAGAAAUUCUAUUAUAUACUAUAAAGAUGUGGCAUGCUUAUUUCAGAACAGUAAU